ACACACACACACACACACACACUAUACCACUAUACAUCAGUUUAAAUUUAAAGGUCAAACGUCAGAGAACAGGAAAUGCAUGAAUUCAGUCACGUCCCUCUGAAUAUGUACCAGUAGUACUUGUUUGGAUCUAAAAGGCAUCUUUCACUUCACUGCUGUUCACUGCAUGAGUCUGUGUUUCUGCUUUAAAGCUGUAUUAGCGGGGGGGAGCAGUAAAGUCCCAGAGAGAAGACAACUACAAGACUUAUCUCUGUCACACAGCUUCUGGCCGAGCCAUAGGACUGCUCGUUUAUCUGCUCCGACACACACCCUCUCGCUGGGGAAGUGUCACUCCGCACCCCCCUCCGCCUCCUCAUUCCUGCUGACUCCCUGCUCACCCUCUCCUCUCUCGCCUCCUCGCCUCACCCCUCUCUGAAUGCCAGCAGCUUCUAGUCAUGGAGCAGACGACAGUCACACAUCAACCAAGACUGUCAGUCGACAAAGCCUCAGCAUCAGCGCUUCAAGAGGAGGAAGUGGGGGGCUUCACCACAGGAACUGAAGAUGACUUGGGGUCAAACACCGCCAUUGCAUCGACAGACCCAGUACUCACACAGCCCGGCCUCGGCAUCACCACGACAACCAUAACCACCGUCACACAGACGGGAGGAGGCUGGAGCACAGGCCUGUUGGACGUCUGCGGAGACAAGACUACAUGUGUUCUGGGCGCUCUGGUGCCGUGCUGUUUAGACCUGAGUUUAGCGCACCAGUAUGGCGAGUGUAUUUGCAUGCCUCUGCUACCAGGAUCCACUUUUGCCAUGCGAGUUGGAAUUAGGGAGCGGUACAAGAUACGGGGCAGCGUGUGUGAGGACUGGACCACAGUGUGUUGCUGUUACUCUCUGGCUGUAUGUCAGAUGAUAAGAGAGAUGAAGAGGAGGAUGAAGACACAGACCUAUCACGUGUCCACUGCCCUCGAAAGCUCCUGAAGAAACUCUAGAAAGUAAAUGAGGCCUGUCCUCUUACACUGCAAGAGAGACUGGAGAUUACUGGUACUGUAUGAAUAGUGCAAAGAAGCAAUAAGCUUUUAACUGCCUCCGGGGAUGCCUUGGACAAUAAAUCAAGCCGAACAUUCAAAGAAGACCGAGAAGGAUGAACUUUAUUUAAUGGCAUACACAGCAAAAAUAAUAAGAGCUGUAAAGUCCCAAUUAAGUGUGUAGGGCUUUAAAAGGCCUUUGAGGUUUUCAGAUUGUAACUGAGACCUACCUAUUAAACUGAUGUUGGGCCUCUCCUUAGAGAGGAUAUUAUGAAUAAACUCGGUAAUAUUAUUCAGUUUUUCUUGCAAAAGCAAGAACUCCUCGGCUACAUUUUGAGUUGGGUG